ACAAAUAUUGACAGACACCGUCAUAAAGAUGAAUUCGAACAUGACUCGAAACAAGUGGGAUGAGCCUCCCAUACUCUGCCCUCGCGAGCUCAAAGGACUGCUUCGCGCAAUGCAAGGCGUGGAUAGCCAUCGUCUAGACACCCAAGGACGCAAUUUCAUGCACCUCGUAGUUACCGGAGCCACGGAUGGUCGUGCGGCGAGGCUCAUUCCAUUUCUCGUCAUGGCUGGCGUGAACAUUAACCAGAAGGACGAGAAUGGAGUGAACGCCUCUAUAUGUCGCCGCGGCCAGAAACACCGUUUUCUUGGACCACGCCAAUUUUUCUGCCGUCGAAGCAUUGCUCGCCUGUGGUGCCGAUCCGGGGCUGUGCGAAAGGAAAGAGAUGGGUUGGACUCUCUUCCAUCAGCCGCUCCGGCCGUCUGGCAAUGAUGGCAAAGACAUGACAAAGGCUCGCGAGAGGGCGCUGAGACGACCAUCAGGAUGGACACUGGGCCUUGACUCGCACACGAGCAAUCCGGACUUGGACUGUUCGGGACCACUCCUCGUCAACGAUGCGACUCCGCUGUUUUUUGCGGCAGCCCAUGCCCAAGACAAAAGUAUCAUCCAUUGCUUGCUGGUCAACGGCGCCGAUCCCAACAAGCCAGUACGAAACAAGGAAAACAUGGCCUGCAAGAAGGAGAAGGUUGAAACGAUGCUCGGUGCUCUUUUCCGCCAUUGGUGGCAUACUCCAGGCCGCAUCCGCUCAGCCUCGUGGGAAGUCGCCAGACCCAUCAUCGAGGACCUUUUGUCCUUUGGCGCCAUCCUGGAUGCCGUCGAUGAAGAGCCAUCUGCGCUUGAAUAAGCUUACUGGUUCCCCACAGUGCCGGAUGCUUGGGGAUCACGACCUCUUGAUUCUCCUACUGGGGAAAGCACAGCGCCGCAAUAUCUCGUACGAACAUCUUCGCACAAUUACAUGGAAGCUCAUGCAAUUUCGCCAAGAGAUUUAUCUCAAUGGUGACGUCAGUUCAGAAGAUGGAGAUGGAGAUGGAAAAGAUGAUGACGAUCAUAUAUGGCCAUAAUAAGCGCGUUUGUGUUUGAGGAGCUACAUAUUUAGCCGCGGGUUUGGUAAUGCAUGGAUGGGCAACGCGAAGUGUUUUACUAUUUUUAGUUUUUGAUUUUCUCUUGAAAUUAAGAAUGGCAGGCAAG